AUGACGAUCAGCGAUGCCACGAUGAGCAGGUACACAUGGUCAGGAUACACAGGCCUCAACAGGCAGAACAGUGGGGCAUGUGACAAGCUGACCCUCUGCAGGCCCGAUGUGCCACAGGACCCAUCUGCUCAGCCUGCUGUCCUGCCCGCUGUUCACACCACAGACCAUAACCGUGUUACACACAGCGACACUGCUAUGUUUGUCCUGCCGCACUCUCAUGGCAGCUCUCAUGGCAGCUCUCAAGGCAGCUCUCAAGGCAGCUCUCAUGGCCAGACACGCAUCAUCCACAAGGUCUAUGACGAGGACUACUACACCCACAUGAUGGAGGAGUGCUAUCAGCUCUGGUCUCAGCUGGAGAAAGAGGACAACGUCAAGCUGUACAGUGCAGGUAAGAUGCUGUAUGCUGACCGCACACUGAAACCAAUACAGGUAAGAUGCUUUCCAAAACUGGGGGGCGUGAUUAAGGAUGGACAGAAGGUGAUUGACAUCACACCGGGCUCUGUGGUAACGGUGACGACAGUCAGCGGGGUAUACAUAGCUAUGAGCUUGGUGAUCACAGCUGGACCCUGGGCCAACAUCCUGCUGUCCCACACAGGCCUUCAGCUACCACUGCAGGUGAUAAAGAUUAGCGUGUGCUACUGGAGGGAGAAAAUCCCUGGCUCCUACAACGUCCAGCACCGCUUCCCCUGCUUCAUCCAGCUGGAGUCAGAGGAGGCCAAGAAUUACAUCUACUGCCUCCUGUUCAAUGAGUACCCAGGCCUGAUGAAGGUUUGGACUUGUCGAUACCAUAAUGUUCCACGCAGGAUUCAGUGA